AUUCCACCUAUCUCACCUUAGGCUAAGUCCUCUUAUCCUUUUAUUUAUCCGAUUCCACUAUAGAACCUCUCUUCUCUCUCCUUGUUCUUAUUCAUUUUCUUUUAAUCCCACUUUCCAAGAUAAGCAUUCGCCAGUGGAUGGAGUUUUUGCUUCAUUGACCAUUUUAUAUAUGCCAUGGUGUGUAAUUAGAUGAGUGACAACUUGACUCCCUUAUAUUAUAUGAAUUGAUAAUAGAAACAUGUCUUUCCUAUUGCCUCAAUUCAAGUGCUUGCCUGAUACUUUUGCCCUUAGCUUCAAAACUCAUCAACAUUCUGCCCCUCAAAUUUUAAAAGGUAGAGAUCCUUUUCAAUUGCGGACUCAGUGCGUCUUAUCAACAACAUCAACAGUGGCAGCUACAGUGCUUGAUAUUGAAAAGCUACAAUUACCAUCUAUCGAAGUUCUUUCAAAUUCAGUUGCGGCAGACAGAGCAUGGAAGCCACCAUCAGAAACUGCCACAACCACAGUAGUAGAUAUACAGAAGCUAAAGUUGAAGUCUUUUGAGGCUCAUUCUGAUUCAGUUGCUCCAGAGAGUCCAUGGAGAUACAGCGAAGGAGUUUCUCUGUCCAAUGAGGUGAACACUAAAGCUGCUUUAGCUACUGAAAAUCUUCUCACGGGUGAAGAAGCUGUAAUAGCUGCUGCUGCUGCUGAAGCAGUUGCUUUGGCAAAAGCCGCAGUAAAGGUUGCAAGAGAUGCUGCCAUGUUAGUCGGCCAUCACAACUCAAAAUACUCAGAUAACACUGUGGCAGGUACUCCAUCCACAGCUGGGAUUACCCUGCUUGACAGGGUUCGUCUGGUUCAACCUUGCGAAACAGGAAGAAACAACAUUGUUGGGGAGCUAAAGGUACGUGAGAUGAGAUGGAGUGGAAGUAAUUCAUCGGGGAACUCACUUAUGGAUUCUGAAGACCUGGAAUCAACACAUGAUGAACUGGAACUUCUUCAAGCAGAGCUUUUAGAUCGCAUAGCUGUUAGAUCUAAGCGUCAAAUUGAACGGAAGGCUAGAAGAGCUAGAGCAGCAGAGAGGGCUGCAGCCAAUGUUGUGUCAGUGAAGUCUGGUUCCACAGGCAGAAAAAAGCGUGCUACAGUACAAGAUGUUGAUUAUUCUGAUCCAUUGCAUUACUUGAGAGGAACAAGUACUUCAAGGCUGCUCACUGCAUCUGAAGAACAUAAGUUAUCAGAUGGAAUACAGGACCUAUUGAAGUUGGAAAGGCUUCAGGACGAGCUUGCAGAGCGCUGUGGGGAGCAGCCCACUUUUGGCCAAUGGGCUGCUGCAGCUGGAGUAGAUCAUAAGACCCUAAGGAAGUGUAUAAACUAUGGCAUUCUUUGUAAAGAUAAAAUGAUUAAGAGCAACAUAAGGCUUGUUAUCUCCAUUGCCAAAAAUUAUCAAGGAGCAGGAAUGAAUCUUCAAGAUUUGGUUCAGGAAGGAUGUCGGGGCCUUGUAAGGGGUGCUAAAAAGUUUGAUGCUUCAAAGGGUUUUAAGUUAACAUAUGCGCAUUGGUGGAUUAAACAGGCUGUUAGGAAGUCCCUUUCUGAUCAGUCCAGGACAAUUCGGUUGCCAUUUCACUUGGUCGAGGCAACUUAUAAAGUCAAGGAAGCAAGAAAGCAAUUAUAUAGUGAAAAUAGUAGACACCCUGACGAGGAGGAAAUUGCUGAAGCAACAGGAUUGUCAAUGAAGAGACUCUCUGCUGUGAUGCUAACUCCUAAAGCUCCAAGAUCACUUGACCAGAAGAUCGGGUUCAACCAAAAUCUCAAACCUUCGGAAGUGAUUGCAGAUCCUGAAGCCGAAACAUCAGAAGAGACGAUGAUUAAGCAGUUCAUGAAACAGGACCUACAGAAGGUCUUAGACACCUUGAAUCCAAGGGAAAGACAAGUCAUUCGGUGGCGAUUUGGAUUGGAGGAUGGAAGGAUGAAGACAUUGCAUGAGAUAGGAGAAUUAAUAGGCGUAAGCCGGGAGAGAAUCAGGCAAAUUGAGUCCAGUGCGUUCCGUAAGUUGAAGAACAAGAAAAGAACAAGACAUUUGCAGCAAUAUAUAACAGCUUGAGGUCUCCAAAGUUAGAAUUCACUUUCUAGCCCGUCGAGUCUUUAUUGUUUUAUAGGAAAUUUGAGGCUCAGGUAAAAGUUGGUUCUUCUAGUUUUUGAUUUAGUUAUUCUUUUUUGGUUCAGAACUUUGCCAGCGUUAUUGUGCAUAAUACAAAAUUUUGGCU